UUGGAUUACCAACUGCCAUAAAACACCAGAAGAAGAAUACACGCAGUUGAAGAAAACCACGUGUUUUUUUCCUCUCCAUGUCUGUUCGUUUUAGACGCGAUCUGGGUUAAAGUAUGACAAAUAAACGUCAAGACACGGAUUUUAAGUCCCUCAUACCAGAGAAGAAAGCUAAAGAAUUUAAAAGCGACUUUAAUGGGACUGUUUUUAAAUCCAUGCUAAAGGAUCCCAGUAAAGCAUUCAAGGCCUUGGAAACCUUCAUACAAACUGCAAAACAACUUCCAUGUGCCAACCUGUAUGAUGUAGUUGAGGGUUAUAUAAAAAUAUCAGCAGAAUGUGCAGAAAUAUUGGCCUUACUAGAGGGGGACACCCAUUCUGAGACCGAGCUGAUGCUGAUAUUUCAGAGCUUGGAGUUGAUUUUGCUGCGGACAGCAAGUGACCUUUCUCAUUUCAAUCUUAUUGGCUCCAGCAUUGUAAAGAAGACUGUUUCAUCACACAUGAAGUUGUUGCAGUCCACUUUGUGUUCAGGGAAUCGUCAGCUUGUCCGACAGUGCCUUUGUUUGAUGACUGUGAUGGUGUCUCAGGGCACGGAAGCAGCCUGUGAAAUCUUCAGCAGUUUGGUCUUCAACAAAACUCUCAGCAGUCUUGCUCGCAUGAGAGACAGAACUGGCCGACCAGACGUUCGCAUGUCCUACAUUCAGUUUGCCCUCUCUUUUCUGAUGUAUGGAGACACUGCAACUAUAGUACAUGUACUGGACACCAAAGAUUUUCUGUCAGAAAUCUUAAAUACAGGGCUAAAAGAAGACAGGAUAUCAACAAUCAGUCUGAUACUAUCUACCUUUCAGACUAAGAUUGUGCAAAAUACUGCUGUGAGCAAAACUCAGAAGUUACAUUUCUUCACUGCUUCCACUUUGACUCUGAUUGCUUCUCUGUACAAAUGGAAUGGCACUGUGGAUAUAGCCACUGAUCAUAGUGUGACUAUGAAUGAACAGGAAGGAGGAAGGCUUCUUGUGAGAGAGUCUGUUCAUAGCUUCCUUCUUGACCUCUGCUGCUCUCGCAAACAUGGUAUCAGCUUCCAUGACCCAAGUCUGGGGACAGCCGGAAGAGCUGGGAAUAUUGUCCUGCUACAGUUUGUGGUGAGCCUUAAGCAGGCCAUUGAGGAUCAAAAAGUGGCUGAGCUGCUUGUCAGCAUUUUGAAGUGCAACCCUGAUAUUCUGCACCGUUACUUUAUUGAAACACAUCUCUGCUUCACUCCGCGCAUGAAAGGAGCCUGGUUGGACAGCAUUGCACUACUCAAGAAAAUCUAUCAGUCCCAGCCUGAGGUGUCCCAGGCAUUCCAGUUGCAAGAGGUGGUUCCUGUCCCUCGUUUCCUCAGCAUGGUUCUAGUUACCUCUCUCCCUCCAGUCUGCAACAAGUCCUUUUUCAAUCAGGGCCUCAAAUUACCCAGUGUGGUGGGGCAGCAUGCUACACUCACUGUGAUAGCUUUUAUCCUAAGAAGAGCUCAGAAGAAUAUGGAGCACAGUCUGAAGAGUCCAGUGUUUGAUAGUUUUGAUGCCCACAGUCUCAAUGCCAAGGAAGAGUUUGCACAGCUUUACAGGGAAGCGCUGAGUAAGGUUUUACCAGACAUCAUGUCCAUUGUAUCAAUUUGGCAGUCACUGUCAAAGAAUGAGAAAAAGGAGGAUGAGGUACAGAUGGCAAAACUAAAAGCAGAGGAGGUUAAAACUCAAGAACAUGGUGAUGAAAAUCAAAAGCUGAUCUUGUUUAAGGCUCUGCUACUGCAGGUGAUGUGCUUAUAUCAUAAAGUUGUUCCACACCUGGUUACUGAAAGCAAGUUUGAUUUCAGUAAACUGUUAAAAGGCAUUGUUUCAGAGAAAGGAAUGAAAGAGGAUGUUCCUCCCAUCCUGCAGUACCAAGUAUUGCAGCUAGCGCUGGAGCUGCCUGCUAACAAGUUUACUUGGUUCCGCUUUCAGGAUGUAGUGGCUCCAGAGUGUGGGGGAUGCAACCGGUCUGUAUUACAUGUGUUGCUAAAGAUGUUUGUCAACAGUAGCAACACUCAUCUGAGGACCACAACUAGGAUGCUCAUCCUUAAGGUCCUGAGAGGAAGUGGUGCAUUUGAGCACAACUGGAAAGAGUUAGAGCUUUGGCUGGAUCACCUGCUUCAUUUGGAGCCUUCUCAACAAGAGACAGUCAUCCAGUUUUUAGACUUGGUUCUGAUGAGGGUGGUAUUUAACCCUUACAUUUACAUGGAUAAAGUUGCAGUUAUGGUGCAAGAGGCCGUGUGUCUUCAGGCUAAAAUGAGAGGACCAGAUAGGAACACUAGCGGUGUUCCCAUAUCACAUAUUGACGAUGUAACUGGUGUAAUCGAUGUCGUAAUAGAGGCCAGUGAAAAGGAUGCUGACAGUGUUGGGCUGUCUCUUACUGAUGACAGCAUCCUCCAGAUAUUCCCCUUCAGUGCUGUCGUGCCUGCUGUGCUGGAGGCCCGGAACAAACAAAAGGCGGCCUUUAUUGAUGAAAAAAGUGUGCUGUGUGAGUACAUAUGUGCAGUACUGUGUGAUAUCCUUCACUCACAGAUGGAUCCACUAGCUCUGUGUUUGACUCUGCAAAACUACGAUGCAGAGCUUCUCUCUUCUGAAAACUUUUCCCCACCUCAUCCCUCAGUUUCUGCCUUCCGCAUGUAUUACUUUAAAUGGCUGUCCCAACUGCAUCAGGAAACACAGUUCAGCCUGGUGCAGUCCACUACUUCUCGACCUGUUUUUGAUUUUUCUGCCUAUUUGAAGGCAUGCUACUGUGAAGGACCUGGCACUUUCCUCCAGGACUCAUUCUGGAAAGGCCUAGAGCAAUCUUUGUCCACCUUAAAGUUGUCUGAUGUUAUUGGGGCUGUCAGUCAAACCCUGAUCUAUCUCAAAUCUUUUGUGGAGACAUUCUGCUCGCUCCCUAGAGAUCAGGCAGUCGAGGUGGUGCGCUGUAUGCUGGAGGUGCUACAUGCUCUGUUUCUAAAACUAUUCAGCAUAGCUGAAACUCCACCCAGCCAGUCAGAACCGCAGGAGGAGGAGGAGAAAGAUUCUUUUCUGGUUAUGAACUUUACAGCUACUCAAGAAGUCAACAAGGAGCAGGUUUUACUUGUUGUGUUCAGGUUGGUGUUCAAGCACCCAGUUUUGCAGCAAUGGUUCUUGGCAGUGGGGCUGGGAGUGAUACCAUAUCUCUCCCUGGACUCGGAGAGAGUGAGGCAGCUCUGUGGUCAACUGACACAGGGUGUCCUCAACCUGCUGAUGUCCUGUGUUGAGACCCUUAGAGCCAUCCAUGCCCUGGAGGUCAUCAGCUCUUACUUGACAGCCAUAAAGCGAGCCUUGCUCAGUGAACUACAACAGAGCAACAGGGGUCUGGUAGAAGAAUCUCAGACUGUUGAAGCCUUCCUGGCAUUGUACGAGUACAUGGAUCCAUCCAAUGUGAGUGAGGUGCUAUCAGCCCUGCUGCUACUGCCUCAGAGCAGCCUGUUGGCUGGUGGUGACAAGAUGAGUUUAUAUGGCCAUGUUGUCCUGACAGUCCUCACCAAGAACAUAUCUCAUGCCCACUCUGGAAACACCACCCACUGUCUCUCUCAGGUGCACUUGCACAGUCUAGCUGCCCUCCACAGCUCCUGCUACAGCGUUCAACUAGAAGAUAUUUUUUUACAGGUGCUGCACAGAGAGCCUGGCUGUGCUAAACUGAUUCCCACUGAUGUUCUUCUCCACUGCCUCCAGUCCAGUUCUUCUCUAGAACUUGCAGCCCUACUGGUGCAGAACUGCUCCACUCACUGUUUAGCCUUUGAACUCUGGUGCCUAGAACAGACCGACCUUGCACACAUCACAGCUGAGAACAGUAGCUUCCUUUCACUGCUGAGCAGCUACCUUCAGAAAGUUACAACUGAAGACCCCUGCAGACCUAAAGACAUUCAAAAGGCAGUGAUGCAGAUGCUGACCAAAGCUAUGCUGUCUGAGUUGUCAAGCUCAGUGCUAAAGGUUGAUGCUCAUGUGCCUUUGGAACUGUGUGUGGAGCUGCUCUCCGGCCUCAUCCCACUGGGAGCUAUGGCUUCUGAUCUCGCUCAACUAAUACAUGAUUUGCCUGUCCUCCUUGAGAAUCCGGAAACUAGUGACCAAAGGUGGCAGUUGGCAGACUUAAUAACUGAGAAGUUGAUGAGUACACCAGAGCAACUGCAGUGGAGGAAAUCUUUGCUAACUUCUGCCCUCCGCUGGUUGUCAACAACUUAUAAGGAGCACAAGAAGCCACAUAUUAAAACUGAGGAGGCCAUGUUGCAGAGACUGAAGACACUGCAGAUCUCUCCAGAGAAUAUUACAGAUUUCGACUGGAACGUCUUUGUUAAGUCAGGUUUAAAAUAUCGUUACAAAGACAAAAUGUUCCUAUGCACCCUGAACUCUUUGUUGGAGCCAAUGUAUAGAAGUGCGUUAACUUCUAAAGGAUUAUUGCCCAUAGAAACCCUCCACAUGAUGGUGACUAGUCAUUCUCUCUUCUUGCCCACAAUGCUGGUAUCCCAGGAUGACACAGACGGUAGUCUUUACUCUAAGGAGGCAUUGAUAACCCUCCUGCUCACCUUGGUGAAAAAAUGUCCUGAGGUGUGCAAAAGCAAUCAUUUUCAUGUUCUGCUUGGAGCGUAUGGAGCUACAUUGAGCUAUACAGAUCAGAAAAUGCUACUGCUGCUUAAAGAAUAUGAGAACAACAGCAUGAGUUUGAUGGAAUUUCAGUACUUGCUAUGGGGUCAAGCUGCAGUGGAGCACCACAAAGCUCGGAAGAGCCUGGGUCCAUCUCUAUGGCAACAGCUCAGCUCUGAGCCACUUUUGGACCAACUGGUUGCAGACAGGAUGCUAUAUACUGUUGCACACUUUCCACUACACCGGUGUCUUUUCCCACAGGAGAAUGAAGAGUUGACCAUAGAAGAGAAAAAUGGCUCUGCUGAUAUCUGUUUUUACGAUCCUUCCUUCCUUUUACCCUUGUUCAGCUUCAUUGUCCGCCCAGAGUCUUUGUUAGAUUGCCGAAAGUUUGUAUGCAGUCAUGCUCUGGGCCUUACAGUAGUGGCUCUGAGUAGCUAUGAUCACAAAAUGAGGGCUGCAGCCUACCACGUCUUGGGUUUAUUCUACCAGCAUUUGGAAUCUGUUCAUUUCAAAGAGAAAAAACAGCUGCUUUAUUUGCUGGAUACACUCAGGAAUGCGAUUCAAAAGCAGAAUCUCAGAGUCUCUUUUAUGCAUGCUUCCUACAUUGCAAAAGUGGUUCAGCAGAUUCUGAGACCUGAGGAGCACAUGUACCUGGUGAUCAGUAAAUUUCUUUUGGGAACCCAGUAUGUGGAUCUUAAAAGGGUUCCAGACUUCUUCAGACUUUUCUAUAGCUUUGAUUUAGAGCAUAAACUGGAGAGGGACUGGCUGUUAAAAGUGCUGGAAGAAGGUAUGAGAGAUGGGCUCUGCUAUGAGAUAUGUGAACAGCAAAGCAUCUUCCAUACACUGCUGGGCUUCUGUAGCAGCCCACUCUGUGACCGGCCUGUACAGAUUAUGAAUAUACUCGGGGAGACUGCUCAUCUCCCCAAAGCAUCUUAUGAUUUUAGCCAGGCUCAUGGAAUCCUAACAUGGAUAUUACAACUCACAGAAAGGAGCAGGAAUGUUGACAGAACGAUGCUGACUGUUGUGAUAGGACUGCUCCAUACUCUGUGGUUCUCUAUCCUUGGCAAGACCGACAGUAGGGUACAGUGGAGCAGUAGAGCAGACAAGCAAAUAAACAGUUUAGGCAAAUGCCUCACUUUUUCUCUUAUCAGUGACUUCCUGUGUGCCCUGCUCUCAGUCAUUAGAUACCUCAGAACUGGAGUGGAACCAUAUGAUGUGGAACGUUUUCUGCAAAUGCUGGAUUCUGUGCUGAAGCUUCAUGGCACUUCACUGAGUGGUAGCAGAGAUACAAACUGGCUGCAUCCCCAGACACUAUCCUGCUCAGCCGCACUCACCCUACUUCACUGCUGGGGAACACUGGCCUCUGAUACCACACUACUCUGUGGCCUUCAAGACCUUUUCACCAUGCACAGCAUUAAAGUAGUACAUGGAGCAUGGCAGGGUGAUCUGCAAGGAACAGUCCGUUGCAAAGAUAGACAUACAGAGAAAUAUGUGCAGUCUUUGAUGAAAUGCAAACCCCUCCUGCUGAGUGUUCUCACACACUGGGAGCCAUGGGCUAUCCUAUCUAAUCAGUCUGACCAAAACCUUAACCCAGCACCUGUAUUGCCACCCAACAACUCUUACAGUCAUUCUGAUAAAAGCCCCAGUCUUAUGACUGCAACUGCCCACGCACUCAUCAAGUGGACCCUCAGGACUUUAUCCGAGAUGCCUUUUGAUGAAUAUCACACUUUUGCAACCUUGAAAUGGUUGGAAAAAGUUAUAGUGCCCCAUGAACCCAUUGCAAAGUCUUUGAUAACUGAUGAAUUUGUGAGGGUUGACCUCUUAAGACUGUACCACCAGACAUGUGAAUUCAGAGUGCAGGAACAAAGCACUUUCAAACUGGACACUCUUCAGCUUUUCACCAAAAUUAUGGUGUGCUUGUUGGAGGUUGAAAAUGCUCUUCACACAAAUGUGAUAAAAGCAUGCUUGUACUCAACUGCUGAUGAUCUAGUGAAAAGAGAAGCAGGCCUGAAGCUAUUGUCCUUGUACCUUCCUGAGAUCUGGAGUGGAGCCAUGGUGCCUCAGUUACUCCUGACACAUGCCCAGCUGAUAACCAGAGGGCGAAAGAACUCCAAGAAAAAGUCCAGAACACCCAUUAUGCAAAUUUGUGAAGAUAUUCUGUCUGCAGUGGACUAGUCUGAAUUUUGUAAUCAUAAAUAUUUUGCAAGACUUUGGAGCUGAAAAGGGUUUUGUAAAGUACCAUGUAGAAAGAUUACAAUUGUAUGUGACUUUGAAUUUAAGAAUUUUGCUGGAAUCCAUUACCUGCAUAAACAUAUCAGUAAUUUGUAGAUGAAGUCAUUAGAAGAUAAUCGUCAAAGUUAAUAGCUAUGUGGCCUAUUUGGUAAUUUUUAACCUGGUUUAGUAGGUUUGUAUAUUAGGUUCCAUGCCUGAGGGACAGGUCUUACAACUUGCAGGCAAAGGAUAUAGCAAUAUCUUAUUUUGAUAUUAACAUGAAAUGGGAUAAACAAAUUUUGAAUAAAAUUAGCUAUUUGAUUGUUUUCACACAUGUUUAACUAAGCUUUGGCUUUUUCUGCAUUUUGGCUUUUUUUCUAUAAUAUUUAUAUCAUUGUGUCUUGUAUUAUUUUGUCCUUGCAAUAAAAUAAAAAUAAUAGAAAAUGUGGAUUA